AGCUUCCUGUAGUCAUGUGAUGCAGUGUGAGAGGAACUGUGCAUGUCUGACAGGGAGAGAUGAAUGGGGCGCCGAGUGUGUGUUGCCUGAGAGAAGCUGCCCUUGUCUAUAUGGACAGGAGCGGGGGGCUGCAGAAGUUCACAGAGGACUGUAAGAGAUAUAAUGAAUCAAAACAUAGCUAUGCUGUAUACCGGUUUGUAAUCUCCAUUAACCCUACAGACAUAACAGAACUGGAUGCUACACUUGGAAACUACAUACUGCAUGAACCACUGAGAGCUGCACAAAUCUUCCAGUCGGUUUGUGAUACUGCCAUAAGAACCCUGUCUUUAAUUGAGUCAUAUCAUAAGGAGUCUCAGAUCAAUGUGGUACUAAGAUUAACCCACUUGCCUGACUUACAUGCUUACCACCUAAAUCUUCAUGAGUAUCCUAUGAAUUAUAAAUCCCAGAGGUUUUACAUGAUAAAAGGGGUAGUCAUUGCAAUGUCUCCAGUGACUAAAUAUACUCAGGGGGCAAGAUUUUUGUGCUCUGAGAAAAACUGCCCUUUUUCUGAAGGUUUUCGAUACAUAAGAGUGCAUGUACCUGGAGCCACAGAGUCUGCAACCAUACGAACAGAUUUUGUAUGCGAUUUGUGUGCAUCACUACUCAGGGAAGACAUGAAAUACAGAGUUCUUGGAGAAACACAGGUUGUUGAUUUACUUGACUCCAAGGCAUUACAAAUAUUUCAGCGGCAUUCUACAAAUAUCCGCCACUGUCAGUUAAAGUGUUAUGCAGUGUUUGUAAGAGAUGAGCUAAUUAACAAAAUGAAAAUAGGAGCAAGGUAUAGAGUUGUGGGGAUUCCAGUAUGUGGGCCCAAUGGACCACACAUAUCUGUAUGUAUAGAGGCUAAUAAUAUACAUCAGUACAUUGAAGAAAGUCCGUCAACCAUAAGUAAAAGCUUUCAAACUCUCCACUCAGCUACUAUGAGUUCUCCAUGGAUUUUUACUGGCAUUCUAGCAAAUAUGUUCGCAUCCCAAGUCAUUCCACUUGGUGUUCACAACACUUUAAAACUAUGCAUCCUGCUUAGCCUUGUGCAAACAUGUAAAGAAGAAAAAGACAAUGGAAGUUUCCUGGAUCUCCUGGUUGUAACAAGUGACACACUCAUUGUGGAUCGGCUGAUGCGUUACAGUAUCUGCCUUGUACCACGCGGAGUGCAGCAUUAUACAUCUAAUGACUUAUUUGCAACUGUAAUAAAAGAUAUAAGAGGAACUGGAACUGCUACUAUUCAGGCUGGCAGUGCUUUGAUGGCCAAUGGUGGAAUUUGCUUCAUGGGGGAUCUGAGUUUGCAUAAAAAAGAUAAACUUGACCACCUGCAGUCGGUGUUGGAGAGCCGAAGUACCAGUGUUUUUAUUCCUGGAAAGAAAUAUGGGGAGGAUGUAAAUCAUCAAAUAUGUAUUCCUGUUCAGUGUAGUUUCUGGUCUUAUAUGGAUUCAUAUCCCAAGAAACAUGUUCACAGAGACACCACUUUUAUUGGUCAAGUGGACCUAAGUGUGGUACCUUCUAAUUUACUGGAUGCGUUUGGCAUGUUCAUUUACUGCAAUGAAAUCUUACAUAAUCAACCUCCACUCUUUCUUGUGCACCACAACCUCCAAAGAGCAGUAAACCCUGAAACAUAUAUUUAUCCUUCUUCUGAGCUAUAUACUACACAAGACUAUGAAAAGCUGAUUGCAUUUGCCAAGAAUAUACAAGUAAACAUUAGCAAAAAAUCAGUAACACUAAUCCAUGGCUAUUAUUUGGCAAGUCGAAGGGUUAGAACAGACACGCAUGGAUCUACAAUGCCCACUUCAGCACUAAGGCAUCUGAUUUCAAUGUCAGAGGCACAUGCAAAACUCAGCCUAAGAAGGGAAGUACUAGAGGAAGAUGUACUGGUUGCAGUUUUGUUGUUUGAAUUAUCCUUGACCUUAAAGCAUGGCAGUUCUGCAUUUUAUGUAUCUCCAAGUGCUUUAUUCCCUGUGGAGCUCUAUGAUGAAAGCAGUUUGCAUCAGCGAGAUCUGUACCUCAGAGAAACCUACCAGCAGCUGCUCCAGUUUGUAUUUACUUAUGGUCAUGGAACCACUGCCUCUGCUUCUGAAGAAUAAGGCUCACUAUCCUGAAUGCCAAAUAAAUUCUGUUUUUAAAUUCUGUAAAAAAAAAAAACCAACCUCUGUAGUGGUCAUCAUCUGCAAAAUUCUAUGUUAUGUGUCCAAGUUUCUGGCCCAUUAUUUUUCUUUACUGGCCGGUUAGUAGUUAGUGGUAGUAACAUGUGUUAAUUAAAUUCCCAGCCUGAUUUUUCAGUCAGCUGAGAAAUGUCCAAAGCUGGCAGACUGUCAUUUGCAGUAAUGGACAACACCUGGGGAUUUUAGGAUUACAAGUAUUUUAAUUUUGAAUAGCUUAUAAAAUGUGCUUUUAUUAUAAUGUUCAAUUUCUUCAUCCUACAGUUCCCAUAAUAAUGGGGCAACAUGAAAAAUGUCUUUAAACUCUGCAUUUUAUGUAUAUGCAUAUGUAAUAAAAGGCACUAAGUUUGCCCAGGAGCAGUAACCUAUAGCAACCAAUAAGAUGUUUGCUAUCAAACA